AUGGUUCGUGUUUUUGUGAAGAAUUUUUGGAAGAAAUUUGCGUUGGCUAUCGACCACCAGAGACGACUCGGAUAUUGCAAAGAGAUAGACAGUUUUAAGUGUGAGAACGGCGGAAUCAGAAUGUACAGCAAGGAAAAUGGAUUAUCGUGCUGGUGCACUUCAGACUACGUUGGCGAACACUGCCUCCAUCAAAGUGCUGUGGAAAGAUUAGAAAACGUGUUCGCUGGUGCCAACAACGGUGGAUACGGUCCCAGAAUAUUGCCUCCAGCAUGUCCACUGGAAUGCUGUGCGAACGACAAAACUUUACCGCCGCUGGAAACACUUUACAGCAAAAUCCUCAAACAGAAACCCGGUCAGUUCAUACCGGGUCGGAAGAAUAGAAAUUUACUGUUGGACGCGUUCUACCAAUAUUUCGUUUUGCAAUUUUCCGACGCAAAUUCGAACUUGACGGUAACGGGUUCCCAACUGUACGGCAGUGACGCUGCGCCGGAGAGGUCGAUGAGAUCGUUUUCCGGCGCUAAGCUCAAGACAAGGGAAAUUAAUUACAAACAUUUUGUGACGAACCAUGCGUUCGCACCAUACUUAGAUGUAUACAUAAAGGCGUUGACAAAAGGCAUUUCGAUCGACAGGUCGUGGCCCAGUAGAAUGAUCGCCCGGCAAUUCACACGGAUCGAGACGUUGAGCACCGGCACAAUGCUUCACGUACUGUCGAUCCUCUGGGUACGUGAACACAACCGAGUGUGCGACCAGUUGUCACAGAAGUGGCCGUUGUGGACACACAAAGAACUGUAUAAUAAGGCCAGGAAGAUUAUAAUCGGUCAAAUGAUGAAUAUAAUGAUGACUGAAAUUCUAAAUGUGGAACUCAGACCGGAAGUGUACCACCAUCGAAUGGAAAACAUCCGUUGUUCCGGCAAGCCUAUUGAACUGUAUUUGACGAUGGCUGUUUCAAAUUUGCCGGAAAAAUUACAAUACAGCUCAUCGAAUUUGACGCCCUAUAGUAACACCAGUCGAGUUUCUGAAGCUGAUUUAAAAGACUCCCUGCAAUUAAUGAUGAGUUCAAAGAUGCGUAUUGUCAAGGCCCACGAUGACGGCCCCUUGACGGAACGGCUUACCAAGACACUUAUGACACUCUCGAGAGAACAAUGUUUACAGAGUUUCAAUAACUACAGAAGACGGUUAGGGCUGCCCGCUUACAACAGCUUUUUCGAUCUGACCGGAAACGUCGAAACCGCAACUGAAUUGGAAAAAUUGUAUAGUACCGUGGAGAAGGUGGAGUUGUUAACCGGCGUGUUGACGGAAAAAUCCAGUUCCGGAGUUCUACCCACGGCCAAAGUCUUGUCUAACAGUUUUAUCAUUAACGCAAUAUUGACAAAUAGUCUUACCACCAAACAAUCGUGGACACCGGACACGUUCGGUGGAGUCGAAUUUUUUAAGUUGGUGAAGUCAACCAGUUUAGAGUCGUUGGUGUGUCGAAACGUGGACAAUUGCGACGAGUUAAAAAAUCAUCGUUACGCGAAAUAA